AUGUCUGUUGCAGCGCCGUACGUGCGCCCUUGCAGCUUCAAGCUCUCCGACCGGAAGCUCAGCGAGUGCGCCAUCAAGAGCGCGCGCGACAUUUGGCCCAACAUCCUCAAAGGUGACCCUAAAUACAAAGUUCCUGUGCUGGACCCCAUGCACCUUGACCGCCUGGUGGUGAUUGACGGCAAGGGGCCCCUGGGCAUGCAGCUAAUUGCAAGGGAUGUCAAGAUGUACGGCCUGCCGGACGCCAUUAUCAAUUCCACAACAUGGCAUCUCUUGAUACCAUCUCGGUACGUGUACCAUUGUUCUGAGUGUACGAAGCCAGUUCCUAAGUUACACACACAGAUUGCAUACACAGUUGCCUGUCUAGACAAUACGUACGUGGCCACCAUCCCCUUGGUGCACAUCACCGCCAAGUACAACGUGUCGGGCCGCAUCCUGCUGCUGCCCAUUGUGGGGCAGGGGAACGUCGUCAUGGACCUCAAAAAUGUAAAGCUGGUGUAUCAGUUUGACUACCGGCUGGAAAAGCUGGAAGAUGGAGAGACUUACUACAUUCCCCUGCCCGGAGCUCGUCUCGACCUAGAUGUUGACGGAAUGACCAUCAAGAUGGACAAUCUCUUCAAUGGAGACGGAGCACUACUGGAAACCACCAACAACUUCCUGAAUGAGGAGUGGCGCGAAGUGUUCGAUUCGCUGCGGCCGUCUUUCGCCAAGGCCAUCUCGGAGGUGAUCACCGACAUUCUCAACGGCAUCUUCAGACAAGUGCCCUUCAAGGACGCCUUUUUGGACGUGGACGCGGUGUAAGCGAGAGGCUGCUCUUUAACACAAUGAGUGGCCUGAGGACUCCGACGACAUCUCCGAGGAGCCAACAAGAAGGACUCGGCGCUAAUAGAAAUAUUUCCAGACACCGAGUAAUGUAGUCACAGCAACUCACCGUCUUCUCUGGAAGAAACUAAAUCUGAAAUUGGACUUCAAAUUAUUGCACGUUUACCCACUUUUGUCGUCAGUGUACUGCAGAUAACCUAACCUCAUAAAAUUCUUUAUUACAGUUUGACCCCUUGAUGAAAUCAAUGAACCUGGUAUCAGUAACACUUAAUGAGAAAGAACUGCUCAAGAAGACUGCAGAUUAGUUCAAUAAUCAUCUUUUAUUUUAUUGCUUUGCUUUCCCUUUUUCUAACUGAAAUUUUGUCCAGUGGAAGAAUUGAGUGCAAAUGUAUUUGAACUGAAAGACGAACUAUUUUCUAAAAUAUUGAUCACAACUAGUGAAUGUUUUAGAAGACUUUAAUUUAUUGUCUUUAAAAAGUGAUUUUUAGUCAUUUCAGAAGUUGAACGCCCGUGUUCAUGAAACAUUUGAGCAUUAUAAGAAGUUCAUGUCAUUAAAAAAAGUUUAUAUCCUGUAUUCAUAAUGUGUAUUCUGGUUUCUGAAAGUUUUCGUUAUUAUUCAAUUCAUACCACUGCAAAUUAACAUCAAAUACUCAAUACCCCGAACACAAUACAAUAUCAAAACAAGUUUCUGAAAAAUAAAUCCCUGAGUUCACCAUUUCUUCAUCUACAGAUGUUAAUAUGUCCAAGGUAUAGCAACAAAUCACAAUUAUUUCUCUUAGUAUUCUUAUUGCUUGUCCAACAAAAUCUACAUUAAUGUAUUAAAAUAAAAAUUUCAUGAUACAGCCUUGCAUCAUAUUUACAGAAUUUCUCCUUGUAAAAUCACAACAUAUAAAGAAAAUAUUACAAAGACUUAAGUAGAGACGAAAGUUUGUUUAAUAAUUUGC